AUGCAUCAUAUGUAUCCAAUGGCUAAAGGAGAUCCGCUCUGUCCCUUGGGUUUCCAUCCGCAAGUGCGAUGGCCGACUCGGUGCAAGCGCUGCUUCCGCGACUACAAGGAACACGGUGGUCGUAAGAAGGAAGAUGAUUUUGCUGCAUCAACACCGAGCCUCUCUUCUUGGAACUCGCCCUCAUCACGAAGUCGUGACGAAAAUAAUGGUGCUGAGACGGAGAAGACAAGUCGUGGUUGGGCUUCGAGCACAAACCUUAGUAUUACUGAAGUAUCCAAAAAAGACGACAUAACCAUAGGGCUCAAUAAGAAAAGCACAUCGUGGACGUCAACACCAGACUUGGGUUCAAAUGAAGAUGAUAAUACAACGGCUGUAACAUUCAGUCUUAAAUUACCCAAACGAAGAUCUACAGGUCCUUUACCAUCUCUAGACACAGGACAGAAUAAUACAGAAACGGUAACAGUACGUCGACCAUCUCCCUCGCCACCACCACCCGUCAGACAACCAGAGAGCCAGCCUUCUAUAGCUCAGAUAACUAUCAAUAAAAACGAUUCGCUUGCAGAACGAGUUCGAAAGAUGCAAUUAAUGAAAGCUCAGAGCAGUUUUGACAAAGAGUCUAGCGUUGAGAAGGAAAGAGAAAGGAGAAGUGCUUCUCGAAGUAAGGAAGAAGAAAAGACCGUCAAGCCCAAAGAAGAAAAGAGUUACAGUAAGGAAGACGUUGGUAUAUCACUGGGAAAAACUCGUAAUCAAUCCAUAUCAAAGCCUCCUAUUAGGGGAGGACCGAUAUCUCGAGAUAAGGAAGAAUCGGAGGAUGAGGGGAGCACUAUUACAACAGACACAGAUGUAACACUUGUCGAUCCGAACAUAAAAGAGUAUCAGGAACAAAUUGAAAGUUUAAAGUCGGAAGUCGAUUUUCUGAAAAAGCGUUGUGAACGUGUUGAGAAAGAAAAAAGUGACAUUCUACUAAGGAGACUAGCUAACAUAGACAACACUAACAAAUAUUCAACUGGACGAUCUUCAGAAAAUCUAAAGUUACAAAAGAAGGUUAAUGAACUUACAACACAAAACGAAGACCUAAAGGAUGAAAAGAAACAUUUAUCUCUACGGAUUAAAGAGAUGGAGGUAGAAUUAGAAUCUCGUCCAUCAAUUGAGGCACAAACAAAACAAAUUGAACAACUCAGAGCAAAGUUAUUGGCUGCAGAAACUCUCUGUGAGGAAUUGAUGGAUGAAAAUGAAGACAUGAAAAAAGAAUUACGAGAUCUUGAGGAAGAAAUAGAAGAAAUGCAGGACAACUUCAGAGAGGACCAAGCAGAUGAAUAUUCUUCUUUAAGAAGAGAAUUAGAACAAACAAUCAAAAACUGUAGAGUUUUAUCAUUUAAAUUGAAAAAAACAGAACGAAGAGCCGAGCAACUUGAACAAGAAAAAGCGGACCAGGAGAAAAAGCUUUUAGAGAUUGUAGGAGGUGCUGACGGUCUACAGAGAGAGAAUCGAAUCAAAGAAUUGGAACAAGAAGUAGCGCGGUCUACUGAAGUUGCUCUGCGGCUGCAACGUGAAUUGGCAGAGGCGAAGUCUAAACCAGCUUCUAUUUCUGGUGCUCCACCUGCUAACGUUAAGAAGCAAACAACUGACGGAAAGAUAUCCCGAUCGUCUCUAACACGAGGUGGAAGCCAGGAAGAUGCAGCGCAAUUACUUCGGGAUCUUCAAGACUCUUUGGAACGCGAAGCUGAUUUAAGAGAACAACUACGCAACGCUGAAGAAGAGGCUAUUCGAUACCGUGGAAGCUUCGGUGAUAAUCAGAAUCUUGCACCACCGCAUUCAACGCCAUCACUGCUUCAUCUUCCGCCUAACCUUGCUGUCAAUGAUAAUAAUAACAAAUCAAUGAUACAAAUUCUAAAAAUGCACCACGUUCUUGAAAAAAAGUUAUCCUCAUUGGAUAUUAACAAAUUGUCUAUCGGCAUUAGUGAAUCCCAUCAAACUCCCCAAGAUUACAUUGAUUCUUAUUCUGAAGGAUGUCAGACUGACACAAUAUUGUUCCAUGAUGUAGCUAAUGAUACAAAAAAAAUAACAUUUGAUUCUAACGUCCAAAUAGAUAUAGAUUUAUUACAUACGUACAGCCAAACAGAAAAAGCUUUUGUUAAGAACAAAAAUGUUCAAACUGAAUCUUUCAAGAAGCAUUGUUUCACACAAAUAGAUAAGAGAAAAAAUAAAAAUGCUUGCUGUCAAAGUCCUCAAUAUAUUUUUGACAAAUCUAUACAGAUUGGUAAUACAGUAAUAAAAACAUUUGAUGAUAAAAGUACAUUAACUGAUAUUAAUGCUUCUACGUCUUUAAGUGACGAUGAUAAUGCUCCCAUAAAUCGAGAUACAAAUAUUGAGGGAAGGGUACAAAAAUCCGACAGCCCCCCACUUUCCUCAGAUAAAGGAGCUUCUUCAUCUAAUCAGAUUCAAUUCCCAUUCGCUUUAUUCAAUCCUCUGGCAGCAAGGUUACCUAUUGUAGGUAGAAAGUUAUCACCAACACCUCCAACUAAUAGACUUGCCAUCGAAGCUCCCAAUGAAAAAGACGAAGGCAUAUCGGAUGAAGAGGAUCCAGCAGAAUUGAGGAUUUUAUUAGAACUCAAUGAACAAGAAGCAGCAGUUUUACGGAAAAAGGUUGAAGAGUUAGAGCAAGACAGAGAAUCUUUGAGGAAACAAGUUAAGGAACUGAGUGACAAAAUUUCUAGCACUGUUAAAUCCAACACUAAUACGGUAGUUACGUUGCGGAAAACUCCGAACAAGGCUAGUAAUUUAGCAGAAGAAAAAGUUAAAGUUUUAGAAGAUGAAAUAGCUGAAUUAAGAAAGAAACUCAUAGAAAAAGAAAGGGAUUGUGAAAGGCUGCAUGCUGAAUUAAGCCUCACUCAGAAAAAACCAAAAGCCUCACUUAUUAAAAGCAAGUCACUAGAUGGAGGAAGUGAACAACAAAAUGUUGAUCUGAAGAGACAACUUCAAGUCAUAGAACAAGAAGCUAACGUUUUAAGAGCAAAAACGCAAAGCUUAGAGGCGGAUAAUGAAAAGUUACAAGCUGAAAAUAAAAAAUUACAGUUACUCAAAAGUGCAAGAAACUUAAAGACUGACAAAUCAGUUGAACAAAAUGCAAGCAAAGUAGCUCAAUUAGACAAAGAAUUAAAAGAUGCUUUAGCAAAAAUUAAAGAGUUAGAAGGUAAUAAAGAUAAAGAAGAAAAGGCUGAGAAAAAGGUGAGGUUCGGAGAAGUACUAAAAAAAGAAGCUGAAUCUCUGAAACCUAAAGUGGAAGAAUUAGAUAAACUUAAACUUAGUUUUAAUAAGCUUGAAAAAGAAAAAUUAAAAUUGCAAACUACAUUAAAAGAGUUGAAAGAAGACGCCAUGAAAACAUUUAAACCUAGAACACCAAAAAAGAUUACUGAUAUAACAACAAAAUUACAAAUGAAGCGUAUGGUUGAAGAUCUUGAAAGUGAAAUAGGUGAAUUGUAUGUAAUCAUGAAGAAUGCAGGCCUUUCCCAGCAGGAUAUUAAUACAAAGACAGGCCAAGAAAAGGACAUAGAAAGCAUUAAGGCAAAAUUAUCUAAAACUGAGACGGAAUUAACAAAUGAAAAGAAUCGUUUACAGAAUGAAAUUUCCAAACUUAAAGAUUUAAAUACAAAAUUAGAGUCUGAAAAGAAAUCCUUUUCCAGUAAAUGUAAGGUUUUAGAAGAAGAAAAAAAUAACGCUGCUGCAGAAUCUAAGUCAUUAAAAGAAGAAAAAAAGAAUUUGGAGGAACAAUUAGCUAAGUUAAACUCAGAUUUAAAAAAAAAUAGUUCACAACAAGCUGCUAUGUCAGACUGUAUGAAGAAAAUUGAGGAAUUGAAAACAGAAAUCGACAAUAAAGAUAAGGAAAUUGAUAAGCUCAAGAAACAAGUAGAUUCAAUUAACAAAUUAGAACAAGAUAAAAGUAAAUUACUCAAGGAAGUCGGAGACAAGACUAAGAAGCUAACCGAACUUGAGAAAAAACUUAAAGAGUUAGAAGAAAAAUGCAAGCGAACAGAAAAGUUACUAGCUACCCGCAAAGAUCGUGUUGCGAAAUUAGAAAAAGAGUUAUCGCAAGAAAAGGAAGAAAAAGAGGUUCUCACAAAUUCAAACAGACGCAUGUCUGUCGAUUUUACUACCGAAUAUGAUGGAAUGAAAACUAAGCUUUUUAAUGCUGAAAGUAAAGUUAUUUGUUUAGAAACAGAUUUAAAGGAAAUUAAAUCUGACUAUGAAAAUAAAAUCACCAGCUUGGAAUCCACUAUAGCGGCAAAAGAUAAUCAUAUAAAGCAACUGGAGGAUGCUCUACGUGAGACGUCCAAUCAGAAAUAUGACGAGGCUUUAACAUCAGUUGAAAUAGCACAAGUCAAAGAAAAAUAUGAGAGAGCUUCCAGAGAACUGAAAGACAAAGAAAAGGAGUUAGCUUCUGCCAAGAAAGAUCUUAGCAGUACAGAAAAAGAUUACUCUAAGCUACAGUCGGAAUUAACGCAGCUUAAGUCUGAUAUUUCAAAAUAUGAAAAUGAAAAGAAAGAUCUUGAAAAUAAAUUACAAACGGAAAAGAAAGAAUCCAACUAUUGGGAAAAGAAAGCCUCUGAACUAGAUUCAGACAUUCAAGCAGAAAGAAAAAAAAUUGACCGAAUGCGUGCCAAUCACGAUAAGGAUAUCAAAAACAAAGAAGCAGAGUUGGCAACCCUAAGAGGCAAACUAAAAGUCUUAGAGCAAACAUCAGGCGCGGGCACGAAAAGAUUAUCAGAAAUCAAACAAGAACACGAAGAAAAAGUAAAAAAAUUGGAACAUUCAUUGGCAGUGGAGAAGGCGGAAUAUGAAGAAUUAACUGGCAAGUAUGAGUUACUAGAAGAGGAACACGUUGUAACCAAAGCUCGUCUAACAGUUGAAAAGGAAAAAGCCCAAAGUGACCUUCUGUUGGUACAAAAGGAACUUAAUACAAAACUAGCAGAAUAUAAAUCUAUCCAAGAAAAUUACGAAAGUGAGUCGGAAGCUUGGAAUAAAGAAAAGGCUGAAUUACAGAAAGAAAUAUCAUCUCUUCAAGACCGUCUUUGCGGUGGAGGAUGGGAAGUUGAACGUGCACGGCUGUCGGCGCGCCUCGAACAACUGGAACGUGAACUAAGGGGUGUUAAAGACUCCAAUGACGUACUUUCUCAUCAUCACGAUCUUGCUAAGAAAGAGUUAGAAGAAGCUCGUCGAAAGUUAGAAGACUAUGAGAAAAUUAGCAAAGUUCAAAGGACAUUAACUGCUGAUAAUGCAGAAUUAGAACGUGAAGUUGCGGCACUUAAUAAUCGUUUAGAACAAGCAGAUAAGGCUCGAAAGAAUGAAGUUGCUGAAACUAAAACACGAUAUGACUCACAAAUGAACUCUUUACGAGAUGAAAUGAAAUCAUUACAUAAUCAGGUAUCGAGGUUUAGAAGAGAACGCGAUAAUUAUAAACAGAUGCUAGAAGCAGCUCAGAAAACGAUAGCUGGAGACAAAAGUGGUGAAAAAAGAGCUCAACGUAAUUCUAUAUCUAGUACUGAUGAGGAAGAAUAUCGUAACAAAGUAGCAAUCUUAGAACAGCAACUAGCAUGUGCGGAAGACGAACUUUGUGAAGCGAGGCUCCUGGCUUCGAAACUUAACACAGAACUUGUCAGUGAGAAAUCAACGGCUGAGGUUCGCCUUGCAGAAAUGCAAUCUCGGCUAAAUGAGUACGAAGAAGACAGGUUGUUGUCAUCGGGACGAGGCCGGCUGGCGGGACUGGCAACGAGGAUGGAACUUGCGUGGCACAAGGAACGUGACGAACAAAACAGACUGCUGCAUGAGACCUCUACCCUCGCACGAGAUCUAAGACAAACUCUGUUUGAGGUGGAGCGGGAAAGAGAAAAGGAAAGACUGGAUAUGAAGAGAAGGAUAGAUCAACUAAAGAGAACAACGGAAGAGGAAACUGAGGAAGCGAAGAAGAAGGUGACUGAACUGCAAUGCGAUUUAUUGGAACUACGGGACGCUCACGCAAAACUGAGAACCGCCAAUGAAAAGUUGCGGCGUGACAAAGAGAGACACGAUCGUGACCGCGAUCAAAAUAAACUUUUGGUUGCAUCUCUCAAACGAUCACAACAGGAGGACGACAAAGUGAUUACGCAACUAGUCGAGACGAUAGACGAUUUAAUGAAGCAGAAUCCUAAUAUGUUCCGAACAGAAGCUAUAAAGCCUGAAAAGAGUCUUAUGACACCAACUCCUCCGAGACGUAAUAGGUCAUCUAAGUCUCGAUCCCGUUCUGCUACUCCGGAGACUAGCGAGGCGCAGUCGGCGAGCGACGCACAGGCCACCGCCGCGAGACUGAAGAGACUCACUGACGAACUCCGCGCCUCACGGAUAGCUGAGAGGCAACGAAGACAGCAAACUACUAGUGCCAGGCGCGCUAUGUCGACUGAACCCCGUGAUACGCUGUCAGUGACAUCAUCUCGUACUCCAUCACGUGCACCUUCCCUCAAGAAACGAUCUAUUUCUUUGGAGCAAACCACCAAAGAACAGGGUUCUAUUUGGAAGACAGUAGAAGACAGCAGUGUUUCUUCAAUGCAGUCGUUGGAUGGCGAUGCGGACGUACGAUUAUUCACAAUGCAACGGGACAAUAGUCUAGAUAGUCGAUUAUCGGGUGGAUCUACUCAAAGUGAUGUCCUUCCCACGGAGAAGAAGAAAAAGAAAGGAUUAUUUGACAAACUGAAAAAGAUGACAAAGUCACGAUCAAUAGACGACCACGUAAAUUCUGAUGUAGGGGACUUCAGGCCCAUAGGGACUGUUUCGCAGGGUUCAGACUCCGAUAUGAGUACAACCGGCAGUAAGCGAGAUCUUCGCGGCCGUUUGUCCGGCAUGUUCAGUAGGAAAGGACAGUUGAGCAGAGGAAACAGCAAAGACCAAAGUCCUGAGAGACCUAGUAGCGCCACGGGCAGCACGACUGGUGGCGCCACCGUCACUAAACCCAUUUUGCGCAACGCUAGCUCGUCAACACUCUCUCAAUCUUCGCCGGCAAAACCGGUAAACAUCACUCAGUACAAGAGCAUCCAGCGCUACUCCGGGUACAAAAAGGAAAGGAAAAUGAUUCAAGAAUAA